CUGCUGUUUGGGGCUGCAAAGAAAAAUCUAGAAAGGUAUUUAAACAUACUAAAACCGAAGAACAUAUUUAUGAAAAACAGAAAAGAUAAGUUAUUCCAUUUUAUUACCUACCAUUGAUAAAUAAAGUAGAAACCAGAACCCCCAUUUAUCUCUUACUCGUGAGAUGGGCAUGGCAUCUAACCUUCCCACCUUCUACUUCCUCUUCUCCAUCAUUGUCUACUGCGUCUCCCAGGCAACCAAGUUUGAGAUCACAAACCAAUGCUCCUACACAGUUUGGGCUGCUUCAGUUUGGACUGUAUCUAUUCCAGGUGGGGGGAAGCAACUCAAACCAGGCGAAACAUGGGUCAUCAACGUGACCAAUAGCACAAGUGGUCGGAUAUGGGGCCGAACAAACUGUACAUUCGAUGCAUCCGGCAAUGGAAGUUGCGAGACCGGCGGCUGUAAUAAUAAGUUCGAUUGCAAAGAAGAUAAAGCUGUCUCACCUGUAACCCUUACCGAAUUCUCAGUGAAUGGACUCAGUAACUUGGAUUUCUACGACCUUUCUCUUCUUCAUGGAUUUAAUAUCCCAAUGGAGAUUAGCCCAAAAAAUGUCAGCUGCCGAGCAGUUAAGUGCGCCGCCGACAUUGAAGGCGAAUGUCCAGUGGAGUUACGCACCACCGGAGGUUGUAAUCACCCGUGUACCGUAUUCAAGACUGAUCUUUUCUGUUGUUCUACAGGGAAUUGCACAGCCACUUACUUAUCGGACUUCUUCAAGACUAAGUGCCCAGAUGCUUAUAGUUUUGCUUUGGAUGCUAACAGUACAACAUUCACCUGCCCCUCUGGUUCUAACUAUAGGGUUCUGUUUUGCCCAUUAGUAUCGUCUCCAUCCCCUGUUUCUCCUCCUCCUCCUCCCGAUGCUUCUUUGCCUCACAUGUGUAUAAGGAUGAUUAAUGUACAAUAUUAUUAGGGUUUCUCUUGUGAUUUC